AUGUCAGCCAACGAGACGACCCCUCUUUUGGGCAAUGGCGAGCAGAAGAAGUCCGUAUCGGCCAAGGCCAAAAGCUUCUUCGGUCCCGCCAACCGGAUUUUGUUUGCUGGAUUUCUGAUGGCAUUCACUUUAGGUAUUACACAAGUCCCUAUUAUCUAUGUAUUUCGUGUCAUGGAAUGUGAAGUCUUUUAUAGUCAUAACCCACCUUUUGAAGGUAUCGGCGAUCGGUGCCACCGACGUGAAAUCGAUGCAGGAACUGCGACGCAAGUCUCAAUCCUGGGGAUGUCAACCUCAUUUAGUGGAGUUUUUAAUUUAUUUUUAUGCGGAUGGUUCAUCAAGCUUUGGGGGUCCAGGUGGGCGUUUGUCAGUCAAACAUCACUCCUGGGCAUCCGGGUGGCUACACAAGUGAUUGGCGUCACAGUCGGGGGUAGAAGCGGCAUCAUUAUUUUUCAAGCAUUUCAGAGUAUAGGAAUCAUUGGCGGGCCACGUGGGUUUCAACUUGUACUCAAUACAGCAGUCAGCGACAUCGUUCCUGCGAAAGAACGCACUGCAGUUUUUGGUAGACUUCAGGGGUCAAUUAUGCUAGGUACUGCUUUUGGAUUUCUGUUGGGUGGUGUGAUUGGUGAUGUCUGGGGUAUACGGCGCCCAUUCGAGACUGCAUUUUUCAUGUAUAUCGUAUCAAGUGUCUAUGGAGCACUGUUCAUACCAACGGCACCAGCUGAAUCCCAAGCUGAGAAGAAACGUCCUAGCGGUGUUGCUUCUUUCUUUGCCCCGUUAAAAGUGAUAGUCCCCCGCAGAUAUGCCCUCGAGGACGGCAGAAUAUACAUCAGCUAUGGUUUGAUAUUCCUAGCGAUUGGUAUCUUCCUCGGAGUGUUUGCCUCGACAUAUGCACCUACGCUUUUGCAGAUGUACGCAACCUCUGAAUUUAACUUUGGCACCACUGAAAACGGAUGGUUGAUGUUUGGAAACUCCCUCAUUCGUGGUCUGUUUUUGCUUUUUAUGUUCCCAAGGAUAAUAUCCACUGGAAGAGAUUGGAUCAAUGGCAAAGAGAAGCACCAUGAAUCAACAAGUACGAACGAGCACGAAGAUAGGAUACCAACUAGACCGGAAGACUUUCCUGCCGCGACUGGAGAGGAUGUCCCUCAGGAACCGGUCAUGGUACCCGAGGUGGACGAAGAGGAAGAAGACACCGGCACGAGCUUUGAUCUCUUGUUCGUGCGCUGGAGUCUUGUCGUGGACUCCAUUGUCACGGCUACUGCGGCUUUCUCCAGUCAGCCUUGGCAAAUUUAUAUGACCGGCUUCCUCCUCCCGUUCGCUUCCGGCUCUGCCCCCGCCGCGAAGGGUGUUAUGACCGAGAUGUGCCCUCGAAGCCAGCGGCAAGAUGCAAUUGCUGGAAUCACCCUAGUAGAAAGUGCAGCCAUGUUGUUGACGCAGGGUCUUUUUGGCAUAGUCUUUGCCGCCUUCUCCGAGGCAGGCCAGCCAAGGUUGACUUUCUUCUGUAAUGCUGGUUUUGCUAUUAUAGCUACUACUGUGUUGUUCCUGUCACGAUUUCCACCACCUGGUAGCAAGCGCAUCGAUGACGAGCCUGAAAAUGAGUGA